UGCUCAGUACCACCCUUUUGCAGCCAGACACAAAACUAUGAAGCACACCCCGAUUGUAUUGCUGCCUCUGUUGCUGGCACUUGCUCACUUUGGUGGUGCACAGACUCUUAUUUACAAGGACGAUCUCCACGAAGCAGGCACCAGAUUCGUGACACGUGAUGUACAAAUCGUAUCGCUGGAAGAGAAGAGAGUCUUCGUUGCUAGUACCUGCAAACAGUUCGCUGGAUCCUCGGCGAAUGUGACGGUUCUGCUCAACAACAACCCCAUGUGGCUUCCCAAUGCAGGCAUAGUAAAUUUCUACGUAGUCGACGACCCCGCAAAGCCGGAGUCUGCGGCUUUGUGUUCCAACAUCCAGUCAGGACAAGCAGUGCCUUAUUGCCUCGUGCCUCACUGGAAUUCGACGAAUGAUAUAUACGUCAUUGCCACUGCCGGCAGAGUCUUUGCUGUAACAUUCACUAUGACUAUUCGAAUCAGUCCUAAACAGUCUAAGAAAAUGACCUCCAAUCAUAUUUAA